ACAUAUACAUAUCUUAUUGUGUUGACGCUGUCAAUAAUGAUUACAUUUCAAAAUUUCAGAUCUACAAUACACUUUGGACCGAACGAAAAUAUUUUCAGAAUGGUGUUUGGAAAAAACAUUUUGUUUUUGUGCCUUUUAUUAUGGACGACAGCUAACGCAGACCAAUCAAAUGGAUUGAUUCGAAUUCCUGUAGAGAAAUUUGAAACGCCGCGCAAUUUCUUUCAUCGUGUCGGCACCGAAAUCACACAAUUGCGAUUGAAAUACAAAAAUCUCAGAGGUCCUACACCGGAACCGCUCUCAAAUUAUCUAGACGCUCAAUAUUAUGGUGAAAUCUCGAUUGGUACUCCACCGCAAAAAUUCAAAGUUGUCUUUGAUACGGGCUCAUCAAAUCUAUGGGUUCCAUCGAAGAAUUGUAAAUUUACCAACAUUGCAUGUUUGACACACAAUAAAUACAAUGCAAAAUCCUCAUCAACCUACAAAGCAAAUGGAACACAAUUUUCUAUUCAAUAUGGAUCGGGUAGCCUUUCCGGUUAUCUAUCAACGGAUGUUCUUGACAUUGGCGGUUUGAAAGUGAAAGAUCAAACAUUUGCUGAGGCAAUCAAUGAACCCGGUUUGGUAUUUGUUGCGGCUAAAUUUGAUGGCAUUCUUGGUUUGGGAUAUGGUUCGAUUUCCGUUGAUCGUGUUGUGCCACCAUUCUACAAUUUGUACAGUCAGGGUUUAAUCAAAGAUCCAGUGUUCUCAUUCUAUUUAAAUCGUGAUCCAUCGGGUAAAGAAGGUGGUGAAAUUAUUUUCGGUGGAUCAGAUCCAGCACAUUACAAAGGAGAUUUCACAUAUGUACCAGUCAAUCGUAAAGCAUACUGGCAAUUCCAAAUGGAUUCGGUUACUGUUGGCGAUAAGAAAUUCUGUGAUGGUGGUUGUCAAGCAAUUGCUGAUACUGGCACCAGUUUGAUUGCUGGCCCAGUUGAAGAAAUUACCAAUAUUAAUCGCGCUAUCGGUGGAACACCAAUUGUUAAUGGACAAUAUAUUGUCGGUUGUGACGCAAUACCAAAUUUACCAACCAUUGGCUUUGUUUUGGGUGGCAAACGUUUCGAAUUGAAGGGAAUUGAUUAUGUAUUGCGUAUCAAUCAAAUGGGAAAAACAAUUUGUUUGUCUGGUUUCAUGGGAAUUGAUAUACCACCACCAAACGGUCCACUUUGGAUUUUGGGAGAUGUAUUCAUUGGACGUUAUUACACUGAAUUCGAUAUGGGCAAUGAUCGUGUUGGAUUUGCCGAUGCCGCUUAAGAUCGGCUGAGCGUUCAUAAUACAUUCAGAAAAUUACCAAAAAAUAAUAUCGAAUGAGAUUGAGAUAAUAAAUACAUAACACCACAAUUGUAUAGAACAAAUGAUGUCUUUUUAAAUGAACAAUAAUUGCGAAUAAACAAAAAUAAUUUAGAGGCUACAGUAAAAAACAUACGGUUAAUUCAAUAAUUUUUGAACAUAACAAUUUUUGCAUGAUGUUCUCAACUCAAUGGAAAAACAUAAAUUUUGUUUCUUUGGUCUUGAAUAAAUAAAGAGAAAGAGUCUGAA